GAUUUCUUCAUUCCUUUAACCAAUAUGAAGGGCAAACAUUUUGAAAUGCUGCCAAAAUUGGUAGCAAUUUUUCUAGUUACUCGUGUUUUCAGGUUUAAUAUUCCUCUAGCAGUUGCUCGAGAAGUGGAAUUUAUGCCCAUGAGCAAAGAAAAUGGGAAAAGCGGCUUAUCAACUUACAUUGUUCACCUUAAGAAACCAGAGGGAGUCUUUGCACAAGCAGUAGACUUAGAUGGUUGGUAUCAAUCGUUCCUUCCGGUCACCACAUCCAGCCAGCAAACCAGGAUUGUUUAUUCCUAUCGAAAUGUGGCAACAGGAUUUGCUGCAAAACUAACAGCAGAUGAAGCAGAAGCAAUGAAAAGAAAGGAAGGUGUCAUAUCUGCUCGGCCUCAAAGAGUAUAUUCUCUACAUACAACACACAGUCCUGACUUUUUGGGGUUGACCCAAAAUCUUGGAUUUUGGAACCAAUCAAAUUAUGGUAAGGGAGUCAUAAUUGGGCUUUUAGACACUGGAGUAACCCCAGGUCACCCUUCAUUCAGUGAUGAAGGAAUGCCUCCGCCACCAGCAAAAUGGAAGGGCAAAUGUGAAUUUGAUAGGGGAUGCAAUAACAAGCUAAUUGGUGCAAGAAAUCUUGCAGAAGAUGAGGCAGGGCCACCAACUGAUAAGGAAGGUCACGGCACUCACACAGCAAGCACAGCUGGUGGAAAUUUUGUGGGGGAUGCAAAUGUGUUUGGCAAUGCCAAUGGCACAGCUGUUGGCAUGGCACCUUUAGCUCACUUGGCAAUGUACAAAGUAUGUGGACAGUACUGUUCAGAAAGUGCAAUAUUGGCUGCAAUGGACGCUGCUGUUGAGGAUGGAGUGGAUGUCCUUUCACUUUCAUUAGGAGGUGGUUCAGUUCCCUUCUAUGAAGACUCAAUUGCAUUGGGUGCCUUUACAGCUAUUCAGAAGGGUAUAUUUGUGAGCUGUUCAGCUGGAAACGGAGGUCCUGGCUAUAGUACCUUAUCAAAUGAGGCCCCGUGGAUUCUUACCGUCGGAGCAAGCACCAUUGAUAGGACCAUAUUAGCAAUAGCGAAGCUAGGAAAUGGGUUAACAAUUGAUGGUGAAUCCCUUUAUCAGCCUAAAGAUUUCCCUUCAACGUUACUGCCUCUUGUGUAUGCAGGAGCAAAUGGUAACGCGUCAUCCGCAUUUUGCGCCCCUGGAUCAUUGAAAGAUGUUGAUGUCAAAGGAAAAGUGGUUUUGUGUGAAAGAGGAGGGGGUAUAGCAAGAAUUGACAAAGGCCAAGAAGUGAAGGACAAUGGUGGCGCUGCCAUGAUCCUCGCGAAUGACCAGCUUAGUGGCUUCAGUACAAUAGCUGAUCCCCACGUACUUCCUGCAACACAUGUGAGUUUCACAGCGGGUUUGAGCAUCCAAAAGUAUAUAAACUCAACAACAAAACCAACAGCUACAAUCUUGUUCAAAGGUACUGUAAUAGGAAAGCCAUCUGCUCCUGAAGUCACUUCUUUCUCCUCAAAAGGCCCAAAUAUGCAAAGCUCUGGGAUCUUGAAACCCGAUAUUAUUGGCCCUGGUGUAAGCAUUCUAGCUGCAUGGCCAGUUUCUGUGGAAAACAAAACAAAUACAAAGUUGACAUUUAACAUGAUUUCUGGCACUUCCAUGUCCUGCCCUCAUCUCAGUGGGAUUGCUGCUUUACUCAAAAGCUCCCAUCCAGACUGGUCUCCAGCUGCUAUAAAAUCAGCUAUCAUGACCACAGCUAGCUUGGUAAACCUUGGAGGGAAGCCCAUUGUUGACCAAACAAACACUACUGCUGAUAUCUUUGCAACUGGCGCAGGUCAUGUUAAUCCAUCCAAAGCAAACGACCCUGGCCUUAUCUAUGAUAUCCAACCGGAUGACUACAUCCCUUAUUUAUGUGGCCUGAAUUACACUGACGAAGAGGUAGGAACUAUUGUGCAACGACCUGUGGACUGCUCCAGUGAAUCAAUAAUAGCUGAAGCAGAGCUAAACUAUCCUUCAUUUUCUAUAAUAUUACCGGAGUCUGGUUCUCAAAGAUAUACGAGGACGGUGACAAAUGUUGGCCCAGCAAGCUCACCCUACACCUAUGAAGUCGUUGCUCCAGCAGGAGUAGAUGUUAGUGUAAAACCGAAUCAGAUUGUUUUUACAGAGGUGAACCAGAAAGCAACUUACUCGGUGACAUUUAGCAGACAAAAGAACAUCGACUUGCAAUUUUCCCAAGGACUUCUCAAAUGGGUUUCUGAUCAGUAUAAUGUUACAAGCCCAAUUGUUGCCAUAUUCGAAUAAGGAAUGGCUAGUUCAAGCAG